AUGUCUUCUCGCACUAUCUACAACCCCGUGAAGGACUAUACCAUACCCAAUACAGACCUUCCGUCCCUCGUGUUUGUUAUGGUCACGCUUCAAGUCGCACCAGCAGAGUUGGAAGGUCUUUUGCUGUCUCAUUCUUUGAUUAAGGAUGUCGCUGUCAUUGGAGUUCCUGACGUCCAGAUGGCGGGAAAUGACCUUCCACGUGCGUAUGUCGUCGCUGAUCAGAGUAAGAUCACAGAAGAUGCAAUCAAAAGCUUCGUAAGAGAUAAUCUCACAUCGCAUAAGCAAUUGAGGGGUGGUGUCAUAUUCGUGCCUGAGAUUCCCAAAAGCCCAACAGGUAAGAUCCUUCGAAAGGAAUUGCGGCAAGCGGCUGCGAUGGAAAUCAAGGCGAAGCUAUGA